AUGUACACCCAAAUGCUCUUCAGCGCGUUUCUAGCGACGGCGCUCGCGGCACCGCUCGUCCAACGGCAGUCACCCAAGACGGGGGCCAGUGACAGCUGGCAACCCGCAUCCGACACAAUCACGACAUGCGACCCCGACUCCCCAAAAUUACUCAGCUUCACAGCUGAUCCCAAACUCGAAACUAUCCUUAACAACGCCUGCGCCGCCAUGAUGCCCGGUUGCGCCUAUCCAGACCGCAUCCCCACCGGUACGCUGUGUACCGCGACUGUUGACUACCCACUCAACGGCGACAAGAACAGCACACAGGAUGCCAAUGUCGUGGGUAGCGAUGGUAACAGAAUUACCGACUAUGCUGUCAGAUUUGAUGUUACCCCAGCUUCCCAACCUGAGGACUCUGCUGGUGUAUUCUGGAAGGUCGAGGAUUGCUAUGGCUACUUUGCUCGUAUGCUUCAGAAGGAGGGAAAAGAGGGAUGUCAUAACAGCGUCGGAUCUGGUUCCGGUAAUGUGACGGUCGGCGGUGAUUCAUCACUGGCUGGUACCAUCUUCAAGGUCUCCAUUGUUCCUACGGAGAGCUUGCAAUAG